CGUUUGCGCGCCACCGCUAAACGAAAGACAGAAGUUGUGUUGUUGUCAGGAUGUGUCGCUAGUGUUUUGAUAUUUAACAUGUCGUGUGCAGCUGUGAAUUGUACUAAUCGUCCCUCACCAGGGUCCAGUAUAAGUUUUCAUCGUUUCCCGUUAGGUGAUAAAGAUCGGCUGCAUCGGUGGAUGGCGAACAUGAGACGUCACGAUUUCAAGCCAUCUCCAUAUUCUCGCAUAUGUUCCCACCACUUUGAAGACAGCUGUUUCUACAAGAACAAUAAAGGUCAAGUGUGCCUUGCUAAAACAGCUGUUCCCACAAAAUUUUUCGUCCCUGACUCCUUUAAGAUGGCAUGGUCCACCAAAUUAUAUAAAAGGCGGAGGAAUGUGGAAAAUUAUGAAAAUCAUGAAUUUCAUACUUACAGUCUGAAAAGGGAUACAGUCAAAAGAAAGUUUGUGGAGGAGGAGGUCGUUUUAGAUGAGUUUGUGAAAGAGGAAGAUGCUUCGGAUCCGGACAUGGAUGAAGCCAGUGGGACGCCAGUGAUUUAUCCCACUGAAAUAUGUGUCAUUGCAGUUAGACAUGAUCACUGCUACCGUUCUUGGUCUUCAAACACAGCUUGUAGUUCCACAGACACAACGGCAGAAACGCAAGAGAUCGAAUCGGCAAAGAAGCUGAAGCACAAUUUGAACUUGGUCCUGGGAAAGAUUGAGGCCUGCAGAAAAAAAAUGAAACUGAAGAACGCCACGAUUAGAAGGUUAAAGAGAAAAGUGACUUCACUGUCCUCUGUCAUUUCGGAGUUGAAAGCAAAAAAUCUCAUAGAGACCAAAAAAAUGUUCCGAAAGGAUCUAGAUCGCGGGAGUCAAGAGCUGUAAAAAAAACUCGCCUUGGAUGGAGAGGUGGUGUUUUGUUCUGCCAGCGUUUUUCCACUGGUCUGCAGCACACAUUGGUCGAUAAUGCUGGAGAAAUGGCCUGAGAAGUCGAUUUGGUCAGAAGGAUGAAGAGAUCUCAGAUGAAGAGAUAUCAGAAGAAUACAUGAAGAAUAGCACCUUAUUAGGCGACAUGGGAGACAUGCAAGAAACCCUGCAAGAACCAGCACAAAUGUCAACAUGGAUGGUGCUUGUGUCACUGUUUUUCUCAGGGAUGUUGAAAUGUAGUUCUGUAAUUACAUGAUUUAUUUGUUGGCGGCUUAUGUUCUGCAUCCACUUUUUUUAUUGUGCAAUUUGUAAUUUUCUUAAUAAAUAUUCAACGUCAAAGUUC